AUGAGAUCGUUAUCUUCUCAACCGUUUAGCCUCAAAAAGAAGAAGAAGAAGAAGAAGAAGUAUCGACAUUUGACUUUUCAGGGUUACUCGCCGGAAUACUGUGCCCAACUGAUUGCCAACGCGAUUCGUGACCGCAAAACCGACUACAUCAUGGCGCACGCGGAUGCUCGCUUUGCCGUUUUCCUCAGAUACUGGUGGCCGACGCUGAUGAACUAUGUGCUCUACCUUCGUGGAACUAAGGACCAGUGGGCACCGAAAAACAAGAAUAACUGA